AUGGAGUUGUUCAAUUACAAGCAUUCGUCGUUGAGGAAUGUGAUAGAGCGAUGCUUUGAAGUCCUGAAAGCAAGGUUCCCCAUCCUUAAGCACAUGCCGAGUUAUAAUGAAGCCCGUCAACCUGGAACUAAAACAGCAUGUUGUGUUAUUCACAAUUGGAUAAUAAUGAACAGGGGGAGGGAUGAAUUUUGUGAUGACUUUGAGGACGACGGACAAUGGGAGGGUGGAGAGAACGAGGAAGGGAAUGCGGCAAAUGUGGGUCCGGUUGAGCCCUUUAACAUGUUGCCACAUAACACACAAUUGAUGGCUCAAAGGCGGACUGAAUUGGCUCAAUGGAUGUGGGAGUCUUAUGAUGAUUGA